AUGGGAAAAAAAGGCAAGAAGAAUCGUUUCAAUCAAGUUCUUGAUAUCGACAUCAGCUACUCCAGUAACAGUGUCCUUGAUGGUGCCGCAUCGAUUCCAUCUGACCUCCAUCUUUCAAAGGAGAAAGUAACAGAACUCCAGCGCAUCAAAGCUCAGCUCCCAUCUGCACCACAGGCUGUUCGGCUUGAAGAAGAUAUCGCUCGCAUUCCUGAAACUGGGCCUUUUCGACUUGUACUAGUUAAUGUUUCCUUCUCUGCUACUCGCAAGGAAAUUGAGGAAUUUUUCCUUCCUAUUCGCCCGGUCCAUAUUCGUACCGUCGAGGAAGAUGGUCAAUUUCGAGGUUACUGUUUUGUGGAUUUUGCUUCCAAGGCAGAUUUGGUUAAUGCAAUGUCGAAGAACAAUGCCUUCCUUCUUAACCGUCGUGUCACCAUGCGUAUAGCUGAUCAGAACGACACCAGUAACAGACGCGGCUAUGGCAGUCGCGAUGGCUUCAAUUCCCGUCGUUCCGACUUCAGGAGCCGGGGCUUUGACGCGACAGGUGAGAGCGGUGCUGACUGUUCGGGUUGGACUCGUCGGUCGGUGCGUCCUCCACCCCCUCCUCAGGGUGGAGCAGGUCCGCUUCCGGAACGCCCUGUUCUUCGUCUUAAACCGCGCACGUUACCUCUGAAUGGAAACGAGGACGACGACGUCGUGUCUGAUCGUCAUGCUGCUAUCUUUGGUGCUGCCAAACCGGUUGAUACUGCUGCAAUAGAGCGACAACUUGAAGAGGUAUAA